AUGGUGUCCAAGCCCACUGAUGUCUACAAGGUCUUCGUCUCGAAGGACUACAUGAAGUUCAACGCGGCCCACUUCAUCGCGUACAAGGGCUUCCGCGAACGCCUCCAUGGCCACAACUACCGUUUGUCCGUGACCAUCUACGGCCACUCGGUUGGCCACGACGGCUACGUGUUGGACUUUGGCCAGAUCAAAUCGAGCGCGCGCAAGAUUUGCAAGGAGCUCAACGAACACUUUAUCGUGCCCAUCAACCGCUAG